UCGAAGUACAUGCAGAGUGGAAACUGAAGAACAAGCACACAGAAAUGGAUCCAGAAUGGGUUUCUGUUCUCUUCCUCAUCUCAGCUGUCUGUGGUGUUUCUGCAUACAUUCCUCAUAGAUCUCACUUUGUGAAUGAGAGCAAAACCUGGACCGAAGCUCAGAGCUACUGCAGACAGAACUACACUGAUCUGGUCACCAUCACCACCAUGGAGGAGAUGAAGAGGCUGAAUGCUACUCUGAAAGAUAAAACUAGAAGCUUUGUGUGGAUCGGUCUAGACAGAGGGAACACUGGGAAAUGGCUGUGGUCUCUGGCAGAUGAAAGUUUCUACAGGAAGGGAAACACUUACCGAAACUGGGAGAGCGGAGAGCCAAAUAAUCUUUUGGGAAUUCAAUACUGUGUUGCAAUGUUGAAAGAUACUGGAACCUGGAAUGAUGAAAGAUGUGACAAACCAUAUACUUUUGUGUGUUUUGACAAAAAUAAGAUGAACACUGAUAGAUACAUAUUGAUUAAUGAGACAAAGAGCUGGCGUGACGCUCAGAGCUACUGCAGAGAACAUCACACAGACUUGGCCAGUGUGAGGAACCAGACUGAGAACCAGCAGAUCUGGAAUUUUGCUAAAUAUUCAAUCAGCCUGUGUGUUUGGAUCGGCCUGUUCAACGACUCCUGGAAGUGGUCAGAUCAGAGUACCUCCUCAUUCAGAUACUGGAGGUCUGACCAGCCAGACAAUGUGGGUGGAAAUGAGAACUGUGCUAUAGUUGGUAUGGCUGACCAGGGCCAGUGGCAAGAUGUGAAAUGCGGAACAAUUAAUCCAUUCAUCUGCCAUGCAGAAUAAGCUGAUCUUGAUCAAUCAGAAUCUGACCUGGAGAGAAGCUCUGAGAUACUGCAGAGAUCAUCAUGUGGAUCUGGUCUCAGUUCACUCUGAG